UGAUCACAUGGCAUCUGGAUUGCCACCCAUGUCUUCAUUCCGUGGUCCUGGUGCGAGUAGCACAACUGGUGGUGGCUCUGUGGCAACCUCCUCCCCCCUUUACACACACUCCCCUGUGCCUAACCACACCCAGGCCACAGCAACAGGCAACUCAGCAGAUUCAAUUGGCAAAGCGAUGUCCUCAAUUUACCCUGGAGAGCAGACGCCGAGCAGCUACAGCAGUAAUCCUGGCACCCCAGUAUCAGCAACCUCCCCGCCCCCUCUCACCUCUGGGGCACCUAGCGGGGCCCAACAACAGUGGCCACAGCCCCAUACACCCACCUCACCUCACUAUGAACGUUCCCUUCCCAUGCCACGUAUGCCAGAGGAGAACUUAGAAUCAGCAAUCGACUACCUUCGAGAUCACGGUAUUGAGGGGUCAAGGAUAGAUGAACGACUGGAGGAUGCUGUCAACGUCCUACAGCGCCAUGCAGAAACCUCAGGAGGUGUGCCAGGUGCUGGUUCACACCUAGGCCCCCCAACACAUGGGGGUUCUCUCCCUCCCUACCCAUCAGCCUUGGAUUCACACUUGGGGGGGCCACCUAACUCUACCUUCACAUCCUUGGGAUCACACUCGCAAGAUCUGAAGGCCCUAGGUGUACCAGGCUUAGAUGUGAAGGAGAAAGUGGAGAUAAAAUCAGAGGACCUCACCAGCUCCCAUUUACCCACCACUACAGUAGCAGGUUCUAUGCCUGCAGGAGCCAAAGGUGGCAAACGCUCUCGCAGUCUAUCCCAGUCCAGCUUGCCUCACCCUCUGAAACCACAUGGCCCACCCCUGCUUGGACUUCCGACUUCGGCUCUGCAUUCUGGUUCCAGCACGGAGGAUGAGGAAUGUACAGAUCCAGAGACUAAAGCACUGAGGGAGAAGGAACGACGUCAAGCUAAUAAUGCCAGGGAAAGAAUACGAGUUCGUGAUAUAAAUGAAGCAUUUAAGGAAUUAGGUCGUAUGUGUAUGAUCCAUUGUAAGAAUGAUAAGGCGCAGACCAAGCUAAACAUUUUGCACAUGGCGGUGGAGGUGAUCACCACCCUGGAGCAGCAGGUUAGAGAACGUAAUUUGAACCCUAAGGCAGCUUGUCUGAAGCGACGUGAAGAAGAGAAGUCUGAUGGCUCUAAGUUACCACCACCUCAUCUCCCACACCCUUCCAGCAUGGCUCCUCCCUUCCCAAACCUGCCCGGUGAUCAUCUAAGCCAUGGAGGUGCUGGACCUCACUAGUGACCUGACCACCACUGGCAGCAGCCGUAGUCCUUCCCACCCAAGGCUACAUCAGGGGUUGUGGAGCCCCCCCAGCAAGGGGCUGGUGUGUACAGCUGAGCCACUCCCGAGGCCUGUGCGAGAGAGGCAGUGUGUGGCGUAUCCAUGUGGCAGGGGAUCGUGACAUAGGGCAAUUAUAUGUGUUUAGUGUAUAUUUUUUAAGCAGCCAAGAGAAUGGCAAGGGAUGGGACAGUUUGGAACAGUUGUUAGGACACCAGGGCCCCUCUAACCCCCCCUGCCCAGUGCAGCUCAGUGUGUGGUCUUCUGCGUGCGAUCUUCCACGACAUAUCUCGCAGCCAAUCAUAUCACAAGGCAGCAUAAGCUUGGUCAUGAUGUGACAAUGGUCGUAGCUUCACUUUAUCUUGAAAUGUGCAAAAUGAAGUUCUACCAGUCUUGGUAUGAAUCUGAGCUCCCAAAGAAUAUAUGCAAGGUUGAGCACUGACUCAAAAUUGUUGUUGAGAAUUGGAAAGUGAUUAUAGAGCGACAAGAUGCCUUGAAAUGUGGAGUGAAGCUGAAUAGUGCAGUGUGAAGGACUGAGUUGGCUGAUACUACUGGCCAUGUACUCUGGGCUGGAGGUGAAGACCGAGCAAUGAACCGACUUCACUAGGUUUAGCAUUGUAUACAUAAUUACUAUACAUUGUGUACAGAAUGACUCAUUAUUUUAUUAAACAAACAUUUUUAGCUAGGUGAUCUAUUCUGAGAAAAGAGUAAUGUAAAGAAUGCACAAUGCUUUUAUGAACAGAUGGUUUACAUCGAGGAUAUUGAUUAAGAAGCUAAAGUUAUAUGGUAGCUUCACUGUGUUGAGCAACUCCUCUUUUAAGUGCAUAAUUUUAGUGUAGUUGUUAGUGCUUCCCAUUUUCCUGUGUUCAUCUGCUGACUUUAUCAAUAAUUUUGAUUUUGUACUCAUUAUUUAGAACUGGAUCCCUGUGUCCACCUUUAAGUCAUGAGUGGAAGGAGGCCAUUCAGUCCAUAGUGCCUCAAUAUUGGUCAUUCUGUCAUGGGGAAGUCAGUGGCAAUUAGUGAUGUUGACUUGUUAUUCAGCUAAGGAAACAGCAGCUUGAAAGACGUUUUGUGUAGCUUUGUUGUUAGGCUUAUCAACUGGUAAUUGGAGAAAAUUUAUGUAAGACUGUGUUAAAACAAAAUUGCAGCUGAAUGUCAUUCAUAAAUUUUUUGUAUGACUUGGCAUUGUUCAGAUGUUACUUUGAUCGCAAAAUGGUGCGGAUUUCUUGUAAGAUUGUCAUUCUAAAACAUUCCAAUUGAAGUGUUAUGUAACUUUUGUUGGUAAUUACAAACCUGGUCAGUGACCAAAUCCCACUCAACUCUGGACUGCACUUUGACAUUUUUGACAUGUGUAAAUAACAGGUGCAUGGUGGUGUUUUGCACAUAUGUUAUUGUAUUAUAUAUAUCCAGUUCUAUUGGAUAAUUUAUAAAUUUUUUGAACACAACCAUGACCCUGAUUUCAAUACACAGGUUGCUGUAGCCCUACUGCAUCUGACUAUCAAAUUCAUUCAAGGCACAGCUAUAUGGAGGGAUCUCAAGCCUCCAUUGUGAUUGACAUUUGCUUUAGAUUUUUCAAAUUUUGAUUUUUUAUAUGAAUCAGUUUAAAAUUCUGAAAUUAUUAUCUUAAAAGUGUUUAAUAUUUUAUAGUGUGUUCUCAACUUUGUAGAUAUUAUGAUGUUUUGUUGAGAUGAUAUUCAGUGACAGGAGCAGCCAGCAUUAGAUUCAUGGACUUUUCCUUGUGCAUUUUUCAAGAUUCAUAAUUAAAUAUUUUAUCUGUCAGAAAUAUUCCAUCCAUCCUGGUACGCCUGAGACUCGCAGGGCCACCCUGCUGUUCCUCGUGUUAACGCUCACUCGGUAACUUCUGCCGGCUCACAACCCUACAUCCAUGCUAACUUUAUUUCCUCCCAGCUGAUAAAGAGGAAGGGGAAUGUUGAGUCCGGGCACCAGUCUGGCGUGCCUCAGAGCUUCCAGCUGCUGUGGCACAUGACUCAGCCGGAUGACGUGAUGUGUACAAAUAUUGUAAGACGAGUGCAGUGGGCGCUGUGUCAGCCUAUCCAUGAGGGUACUCAACAUGGACUUCAUCUGUAGAAUAAUAAAUGUGCCAUUUUGCAUUA